AUGGAAGACUACGCAUUAUUGCUUACUCUUGCAUUCAACAAUCAUGCAAAUACAAAGCGUAAACCUUUGGGCGAGACAAAGCUUCACUCUAAAUCAAGAAGAGAAAAACAUCAAAAGCAGCAACAUAAUCUUUCUUAUAUACCUAAAGGUAUUUUGUUUUUCAUAAAGCUCGUGAGCUCGUGGUUCGUUGCAUUUGCCUCAAAAUCUGAAGCAAAAUUCCCUUGA